AUGAUGUCUCCGUACUUCUUAUCUAUUGUAAUCUCGUCAGCCUUGGGACUGGUCUUGGCAAUCCCUUCUAACACUUGUAUUGUGAUGGGUAAUCUGGACAUCAUCAGAAAGAAAGGGAAGUUGAGUCCCUCCGAUGUGAUCUUUCUGGGGAAGGGAAUUGUGAAUAUUCUCCUCCAGUGUGUGAUGAGUCUACAGGCAAUGUUCUUUGUCUUGUGUCAGGCAGUUUUUGUUAGAGAAUUAAUUGGAUUUAUGAACAUAUUAUUUUGCUUCCUAACAUAUUACAGCUUCUGGUUGACCUUCUGGCUCUCGGCUCAUUACUGUACCAGCAUCACCAAUCUCAGCUAUGGGUUCUUCAUCUGGAUAAAGAGAAUUGUGUCCAAUUUCCUGAGUCUUCUUCUAUUCCUGACAGCACUUGGGAUGUUCAUUGUGACUGUCCCGAGCUUCUGGAUUGCCAAUGCAGAAAGUAUCCCCUCUUCUGAGAACAGUACAGAAGCCUCUGUUAAAACAAUCCAUGAUUUAUUUUUGUAUCUUGUGGCUGGAAACACCCUAGGCGUCAUUCUUCCAUUCUUCCUUAGUCUUCUAUGUCUGGUCCUCACUUUCUCCUUUCUGCUCAGACACGUCUGGAGGGUGAAGAAUAACGACUCGGGAUCAACACGUCCAAAUCUUCAGGCUCAUGUCACGGCACUGAGGACAAUCUUCUUCUUACUUCUCAUGUAUGUAUUUUCCUGUAUAUCUCAAAUAGUCGCUUUGUUUCCAAAUUUCUUACUGCUAGUAGUCAGUUGUGAUUUACAAUUAUUAUCUCCAUCAGUGGAGGCCGCCAUCAUCUUCCAGGCCAGCAACAAGCUGAGAAGGAUCAUUCUGAGAAGAUUCUGGACCAGAAGCCGGAGGAACACAGAGACUUAA